CCUCACAACACAAUUCUUUGAUUGAAUUAAGAGGAAGUUUUGCGAUUUUAAGGGUUUCAUUUUGUUAAAACAUAUGUUAGAGCUUUGAUGGUUUGAUGUAAAAAAGUUGGGUGUCGUGGGUCAACUACAGUUCACUCGCUCCCAACCAAUCUCUUGUGAGUCACCUAUUUUACAAUUCACAUCCACCCCAUAGAAAUCACCCACAUGAUAAUGAGUGGGUCGAUUGUGAGUGAAAUUGUAGGUUCAACCACCCAAUCACCCCACUCUAGAAAAGCAAGGAACCAAAAGGACAUUUUCAGAAAACAAGAACAAAAUACCAAGAGCCAAGAUGAUAGGGACUGGACUUUUGUUUGUUUAUUAAAGAAAAAAUAAGACGGGAGUCUUGUCUUGGACUCCCUGGUUGUUGUCUUACCAAGAGAGGGAAUAGCAACGAGCACUGUCAAAAUUCUUAGAAGAGCGCAGAGCCGCAGGCAGACUCAGAGACAGCUCGAAAGAAUGAUUCACUGUACUUUAUAAUAGUUAUAUAUAUUAGUGUGAAACGCCAGCUCCCUUCAAAGAAAUGGGGCUAUGAUGGGCUCUCACAAGAGUCGUAAUAUUCCAGCUUCCCUUCACUCUGGUCGGUUCUUUCUUCCUUUCCUGAACCCCAAUUGGUAGAAUCUCCAAUCCAAAUUCCUCUACUUAGAUCCCUCCACUUUGCCAAACACCGCUGUUUCUCACUCUGUACCCUAAACUCUGCGUCUUUUCUUCUUCUGGUGGCUGAUUCGUCCUCCAAAGGCAUCUCCUUUCUUCAUUCGAGGUAUCGAUUCCGGUAUAAUCUUUAAUGGUGGUUUCUGUUUGUCGCUUUCGUUUCACAAUUUUUAUAUUAUGGGUUGUUUUCGUUUGUUUCCAAUUCGGUUUCCCUUAACUGGGCUGGUUUUGAAGCUGUACUCUAAGAUGAAAUUGAAUGGAUUUGCUGGAGUUUCUUUCUUCUGCUUGAAUAGGCGACUUUGGAUUUGAGGGUUUCCAUGGUUCCAUUUUUGGUUUUCAAGUAGUUCUCAUAAGUGUUGUAGAAUGUUCAAUGGUAGUUUCCAAUUGGGUUAGGCAGUAGGCAGUAUAUCAUUGCUAUACCCCGAUUCAUUGACUUGAAGACGAUCUUGUGAUGAUUAGUCAACUACCCACUUUUUAGUCGUGGUAUUUUAGCUGCCACUAAAGCUACUAGUCCACCAUUAUUGCGCUCCCUCAGUUGGCCCAUCUUCUUGUGACCUUUCCGCCUAGAACUUGUUUAUGAACCCGAAAUGACAAUUCUGUCACUGACUUGACAAUGACUAGUUAGAUCAGUAAGUUAGAGUUUAUAGUGACUGAUCUGUGCUGGCUGCUGUGUCUCUGUUCUUUACCCCUUGUCUCUUAGUUUCUGCUCCUAUGGCUAAGAUCAUUGACUAAGGCCAUAAUCUUUCUUUGCAGAUGGAUCUCGCUUAUGUCUCCAAUCUCCAUUUUUCUUCCUCUGUCUCACUAUUUUAAUCAUUUGGGUUGAGAAUCGUCGAAGAUGGAACUAGUUCUUGCAGCUUUGGUACUGGCUCGCUUGCUUUCUUGUGCCUUCUCAGAUACACAAGGGGAUGUCCUAUAUGAUUUGAAGAAUUCAAUUAAACCUCCAGCCUACCAAUUGACUGAUUGGAACCCAAAUCAAGUAAACCCAUGCACUUGGUCAAAUGUAAUUUGCGACAAUAACAACUAUGUCACUUCAGUGACUUUGUCCGGUAUGAACUGUUCAGGAACAUUGUCUCCAAGAAUAGGAGCUCUGAAGACUCUUACUACACUGACUCUGAAAGGAAAUGGAAUAACUGGUGAGAUACCAAAGGAGUUUGGGAAUAUGUCAAGUUUGACAAGCUUAGACUUGGAAAACAAUCGUCUAACUGGUGAAAUACCGCCUUCCCUUGGGGAUCUUAAGAAGCUCCAGUUUCUGACAUUGAGCCAGAACAAUCUCUCUGGACCAAUCCCUGAAUCACUUUCGGGUCUUCAAAACUUGAUAAAUAUUCUGCUCGACUCUAACAAUCUGUCCGGUCCGAUUCCAGAUCGCUUGUUCAUAGUUCCUAAGUACAAUUUCACUAGAAACCACUUGAACUGCAGUCAGAAUCCUCCAAAUCGGUGUGAAUCUGAUAGUACUGACUCAGGGGAUUCACAUAAGCCAAAAGUUGGGAUUAUUGUUGGAAUUGUUGUUGGACUUUCAAGUAUUCUUCUUGCAGGAGGCCUCAUGUAUUUCAUCUGCAAGUAUAGACACAAAGGCUACAAACGUGAAGUCUUUGUCGAUGUGGCUGGUGAAGUAGACCGGAGAAUUGCAUUUGGUCAACUGAAAAGAUUUUCGUGGAGGGAAUUACAGCUGGCAACUGAUAACUUCAGUGACAAAAAUAUCCUUGGACAGGGAGGCUUUGGCAAAGUUUACAAAGGAGUGCUUCCUGAUGGCACGAAAAUUGCAGUUAAACGGUUAACUGAUUUUGAGAGUCCUGGAGGAGAUGCUGCAUUCCAACGUGAAGUCGAGAUGAUAAGUGUUGCUGUUCAUAGAAAUUUACUACGGCUAAUUGGGUUCUGCACGACCCCAACAGAACGUCUUUUGGUUUAUCCCUUCAUGCAGAAUUUGAGCGUGGCUUAUCGUCUAAGAGAGCGUAAACCUGAGGAAACGGUACUAGAUUGGGAGACCAGGAAAAGAGUAGCCUUAGGCGCAGCAAGAGGUUUGGAGUACCUUCAUGAACAUUGCAACCCUAAGAUAAUCCAUCGUGACGUAAAGGCAGCUAACGUCCUCUUGGACGAAGAAUACGAAGCAGUUGUUGGCGAUUUCGGCCUUGCAAAGUUGGUAGAUGUGAGGAAAACUAAUGUCACGACUCAAGUUCGUGGGACAAUGGGCCACAUAGCUCCUGAAUACUUAUCCACAGGGAAGUCCUCCGAAAGGACAGAUGUUUUCGGCUAUGGCAUCAUGCUUCUGGAGAUAGUAACAGGACAACGUGCAAUUGAUUUCUCACGCUUGGAAGAAGAGGAUGAUGUCUUAUUGCUCGAUCACGUGAAAAAGCUUGAGAGGGAGAAGAGAUUGGAUGCGAUCGUGGAUCGAAACUUGAGCAGGAGCUACAACAUGGUGGAAGUAGAAAUGAUGAUCCAGGUUGCACUGUUGUGUACGCAAGCCUCGCCUGAAGAUCGUCCCGCGAUGUCUGAGGUUGUGAGGAUGCUGGAAGGAGAAGGGCUAGCCGAGAGAUGGGAGGAAUGGCAGCAUGUUGAAGUGACUCGAAGGCAAGAGUACGAGCGGGUUCAGAGGAGAUUUGACUGGGGAGAAGAUUCGUUUUACAACCAAGACGCUAUUGAAUUGUCCGGUGGAAGAUAGCGAAAAGAGAACAAAAAAUUGAUCUGUCGAGAGUUGCAUUUCAAAGAUGGGACACUUCGUGAGGCUUUGGUGGUACUCCACAGAUGUUGUUGCCUCUGCUCUGCUCUUUACCUGUGCAUGCAAGUUUGUUUCAAACAUGUUCCAGCUCCUCCCUAUGUUGUUUCUUUAGUGAGGUUUGGUGCAACUAAAUGAUACACCUUUUUUUUUUUUAUGUAUCAGGGGAUGUGGAUUAGCAAAUUGCUUGUUGCUAUUGGUGCAACUUUUUACAUAUAGCACUUAAAUUUCUUGUAAAGAGUCUCUAAGGAUUCUAGCAUAGCAGGUAUCCAUGCAGCGUUGUAAUCCCAAUGUCCAGUGCACCAUGAGCUCUUUGUUUGUUUUUCCAUGUAGAUAUAAUAAGUGUUUGUGAUAUCA